AUGUGUAUUAAAGAGUCAGUGGCGGUAAAGUGUUGUUCCAAACUAGUUAAUAAUAAAUCAAACUUUGAUUUACCAAAUCGUACUCAAAUUUUUGCCUUAGCUAAUGAAUCAAGUCCUAGUGUGCCACGACCUGUCUUACUUUUGGGCAAGGCUAAUGAACGGAGUUUUUUUUAUGAUUUAUGCUGUUAUGGUAGUAUAGAAAGUGAUAGUAUGAUAUUAUAUCAAAAACGAUUACGAAAAGAGCGAAAAAUACGAAAGCGAAUUCAAGAUCAACUGGAAAUUGAAAUGAAACGAAAAACUCAAUUAGAAGAUGCUUUAAAAAGUACACCAGCUGGUACUGAAUCGUUGCGACUUAUAAGCGAAUCACUGGCACAAGAACUAGAACUAGAACGAAAAUCACGUCAACAACAAGUGGAUAGUGAUGUGAAAUCACCAUUACAAGAUCGUGCGAAUUACUAUAAAAAUUCGGUACUGUUUACAAGUGCUACGUAG